AUAGUCUGCAUGUGUGUGCUCGUGUCAACAUUGAAGUAAACAAGCUUAUUUACUUGUCAAAGGACUAAGAGAGUUCUCCUUAUAAGCUCAACAUCAGAGGAAUUUCUUCUUUCGUGUUUCUCUCUCUCUCUCCCUCCCUCCCUCUCCUUCUUAAUCUACCUUUGCUUUCAAGGCUACCAAGGUUUCUGCCGGCAGCAAAUAUCAAGGAGAAGCAUUUCUUCGCCUCCCACCCUCCCAAUUUCUCACUGCCUCGCGUAGGAAACUCCCGCGCCGACCCAAAAUCACAUGAUGAAGUUCCUCGGCGCUCUGCUGGCCGCUCCCCUCGCGGCCCUCGCGGCCCCUAUCUUGGAGGCUCGGGGGGAAGCCAUCCCGGGUAAAUGGAUAGCCGUGCUCAAGCCUGAGAGCGAGGCCCAGAAUUUCGUCGGCUCCAUGAGCACGCUGCUCGGCGGCGCCGUUCCCAAACACACAUACCAGAUCGGCGGCUUCCGCGGGUACUCGCUGUCGGCGUCCGACGAUGAGAUCAACUCGCUCGCUGAUCUUGCUGAGGUCGCCUACAUCGAGCCAGACUUCAAGAUCAGCAUCGCCGCCCUAACCGUGCAAGGCACCGCCCCCUGGGGCCUGAGCCGGAUAUCGUGGCGCCUCCCCGACACCACCACCUCGUACGUCUACGACGACAGCGCCGGCGCCGGCACCUUCGCGUACAUAAUCGACACCGGGAUCUUCGUCGCGCACCCCGAAUUCGGCGGGCGCGCGGUGUUCGGCGCCAACUUCGUCGACGGCAGCACGAAUGACACGGACGAGAACGGCCACGGCACCCACGUCGCGGGAACCGUGGGCUCUGCUACUUACGGUGUGGCGAAGAAGGCGGGCUUGGUUGCGGUGAAGGUGCUCGAUGCGAGUGGUUCUGGGUCGAUUAGCCAGGUUAUCGCGGGGUUGCAGUGGGUUGUAGAUGAUGCUACGGCGAAAGGGAGAAUAGGCAAAGCCGUCGCCAACAUCUCCCUCGGCGCGCUCCGCCUGCUCUCCUCCUCCGUCAACACCGCCGCCGCCGCCGCCGUCACCUCGGGCGUCUUCCUCGCCGUCGCCGCGGGCAACGGCAACGCCAACGCCGCCCUCUACUCGCCCGCCUCCGAGGAGUCCGUCUGCACCGUCGGCGCCGUCGACGCCGCCGACGCGCGCGCCUCCUUCUCCAACUACGGCGACAUCGUCGACGUCUGGGCCCCCGGCGUCAACAUCCAGAGCACCUGGAACAACGGGUCCACCGGCGUCAUCUCCGGCACCUCGAUGGCCGCCCCGCACGUCGCCGGCCUCGGAGCGUACCUGCUGGCGCUCGAGGGCCCCCGGGACCCCGUGGCGCUGUGCGAGCGCAUCCAGCAGCUUGCGACGCCGGACGCGGUCGCGAAUGCGCUGUCGAGCCACAAUUUGCUGGCUUAUAAUGGGCAGGAGUGAUGGAUGUCCUCUGCCUUUGGGUGUUGGGAUAGGUGCGCACUUGGAUAUGUGACGGAUCGAUGGGGAUAUUUUGGGUGGUUGGAAUUUUUGGAUUGCUUUUUGGAUAUCACGGAUAGUUACAUGCGUUGAUUUUUUUUUGGAUAUCCAUUCCAUUUAUUGUAUAUUGUGUGUGUUCGCACACGUGAAGAAUGGACCAAUCUAUGUACCUUCACGGCUACAUGAGGGCUCGGGAAUGGGGGGUUUUGCUAAGGAGAUAGGUGUUUACCUAGGUAACCAGCCUACAUCAUAGCCU